AGUUCGUGUAAAAUUAAAAUGGCGACGGGAAGAAGGAAGUGACAGUGAGGAGGAGCGGAAAUCUGGGUACACGGCUCUACAGACCGGAAGUAUCGGUGAAAAAAAAAAAGAGUUGUAAACAAAUGCACCGGGAGUUAUACCCCUCUUAUAGGAAACGACUUUCGAAGAACGGCCGGUCUGUUGGGUCGGUGUCCGAACUCUGUGAGACGGGGAUCUCAGGAGCUGCCAGUGUCCCGGAACCGGAGGGAGCCACGACACCCAUGAUCCACUGACGCCAUGCAAACUCAAGGACCCUAAUGCCCUGCACACUCUUGGUGAUGGACGGGGGGGGGAGAUACCCACAGCCUGAGCCACAACACGGAGCCAACGGAAUGUGCUCAACAGCCGCCAUGCAGUACCAGCCUACCCUGUCUGAGAUUGAAACCCCGGCGCUGGCUGGUACCCAGUGGACACAUUUCUCAUAUUCACCUGCUCAUUGCUUGCCCCAUGCUCCUCUCACCAGCCUAGAUCCGUCACAUUAUAAUGGUCCUGCAGAGUAUUACAGUCGGAACUUCCCAACGCAAUUCAAUAAUUUCUUUACCGACAGUCAGACCUACGCCCAGGACUCGUCGUCUUUCUUUAAUGAAUUAUCCAACCACUCCAUCCUCUCUUCCCCGGAUUCACUAUCCGACAUCACGGACACCCAGGAUUUUCUACCUAUUGACAGCCUUACCCAUGUACCGACAAUAUGGGAUGUUGGCACACCCUCUCAGGACACCAGCACUACAUCACUUUUUCCAUCUAGUCGUCCGUUUCUGGGACUGGAUAGGUUUGAAGAUUUGCAGGCUAUAAUUAAUACGCCACCAGUACAGCCUCGGGCUCCAAAUCCAGUAGAAGAAGAGGUGGAGGAUGAAGACACUGAGGAGCUGGGACAAACUGAAACCUACGCGGACUAUGUGCCUUCUAAAUCUAAACUGGGUAUACAGCAUCCUGACCGAGUAGUAGAGACUAGUACCUUGUCCAGCGUUCCUCCUCCAGACAUCGGCUACUCUCUCUCGCUCCCCAGCUCGAUUAUUGAUAAGGGCCUGCUGUCUGCUUUGCAGCUUGAAGCUAUAGUUUAUGCCUGUCAGCAACAUGAAGUUAUCCUUCCCAGUGGACAAAGAGCUGGAUUUCUAAUAGGAGACGGAGCUGGUGUGGGAAAGGGACGGACAGUUUCUGGAAUUAUACUAGAAAACUUUCUUAAGGACAGGAAAAAAGCUCUUUGGUUUAGUGUAUCCAAUGAUCUGCGCUGUGAUGCAGAACGAGAUCUGCGAGACAUUGAGGCGAGCUGUAUUCCAGUGCAUGCUCUCAGCAAGAUCAAAUAUGGAGACACAUCCGCAUCUAAAGGUGUCCUGUUUGCCACUUACUCAGCACUGAUUGGAGAGAGUCAGGCUGGAGGGCAGCAUCGGACUCGAAUUAAACAGAUCAUAGACUGGUGUGGGGAAAACUUUGAUGGAGUUAUCGUGUUUGACGAAUGUCACAAAGCCAAGAAUGCUUCAUGCACCAAAAUGGGUCGUGCAGUGCUUGAGCUACAGAACAACCUGCCAUUGGCACGAGUGGUAUAUGCCAGUGCCACAGGUGCAUCUGAGCCCAAGAACAUGAUCUAUAUGAGCCGGCUGGGUAUCUGGGGAGAGGGCACGUCUUUUGGCACUUUUGAUGAGUUCUUGCACGCUAUUGAAAAGAGAGGGGUAGGUGCUAUGGAGAUUGUUGCCAUGGAUAUGAAGGUGAGCGGGAUGUACAUUGCAAGGCAGCUAAGCUUUACUGGUGUCAAUUUCCGAAUUGAAGAAAUUCCCCUGGAUGAACCAUUCAAGCAAAUGUACAACAGGGCUGCACAACUGUGGGCUGAAGCACUGGCUGUUUUCCAGAAAGCAGCAGAUUGUUUAGGGUUGGAGACUCGCAAAUCACUAUGGGGUCAGUUCUGGUCAGCCCAUCAACGAUUCUUCAAAUACUUGUGUAUUGCAGCAAAAGUUCAGCGGCUAGUAACUUUGGCUAACCAAGAGUUGUCCAAGGGCAAGUGUGUGGUUAUUGGUUUGCAAUCUACUGGAGAAGCUCGAACGCGUGAAGUGAUGGAUGAAAAUGAUGGACAUCUUGACCGCUUUGUAUCAGCUGCAGAGGGUGUAUUCAAGUCUCUGAUCCGGAAGCACUUCCCAUCAAGCAAGAGGAAACGUGAGAAGGGCUUGCUGAAAAGGAAAAGACGUGGAAAGCCACGCAGUGGGAAAACAUCUCGUCUAGAUCUCGUUGGAUUAAUCCGAAUCAGUGAAGAGAGUAGCUCAGAUUCUGAAGGGGUGCUAGACAGUGAUUUCAACUCUUCUCCCGAGUCCUUACAGGACAAUGACGAUGUCAUCUUUGUAGAACACACACUAAAUGGGUUAAUACUUCCUGAUCACGGCCCUGAACACGUGGAACACAUGAAGAGUGAGCUGUUAGCCAAGGUAGAGGAAUUAGGAAAGGUGCUACCUCUCAAUACGUUAGACGUGCUUAUAGACCAGCUUGGCGGUCCAGACAAGGUGGCUGAGAUGACUGGCAGGAAAGGCCGAAUGAUUCGUCGCAGUGAUGGAUCUGUGGGGUUUGAAUCUCGAGCCGAGCAAAACUUAUCCAUAGAUAAUAUUAACUUACGGGAGAAGGAACGUUUUAUGAAUGGGAGCAAGCUGGUGGCAAUCAUUUCUGAGGCUUCGAGUUCAGGAAUUUCUCUACAGGCUGACCGGCGAGUACCAAAUCAACGUCGACGAGUACACAUGACACUGGAACUGCCCUGGAGUGCGGACAGAGCCAUCCAACAGUUUGGUCGUACGCACCGCUCUAACCAGGUCUCUGCUCCGGAGUACGUUUUCCUCAUCUCAGAGCUUGCGGGGGAGAGGCGGUUUGCUUCAAUUGUAGCCAAGAGACUGGAGAGCCUGGGUGCACUUACUCAUGGGGAUAGGAGAGCUACAGAAUCCAGAGAUCUCAGCAAGUACAACUUUGAGAACAAGUAUGGUUCGAGAUCACUGGAACAGAUCUUAUCUGCGAUCCUGAACCAGACACAAAGGGAUGUGCCUCCCCCACUUGGGUACCCAGGAGGUCCUUCUGCCUUCUUCCAUGAUAUUAAGCAAGGUCUACUCUCAGUGGGAAUUUGCUGUAGAGAGACAAAGUACAACGUUGUUGUUGAUAAAGAGUGUUCUGUGACAAAGUUUCUGAACCGAAUGCUUGGCCUGGAAGUCCACAAACAAAACAGCCUGUUUCAGUUUUUCUCCGACACUUUUGACUAUCUCAUUGAGAAGGACAAGAAGGAUGGCAAAUAUGACAUGGGAAUUUUAGAUCUGGCUCCUGGAGUGGAUGAGAUCUAUCAGGAAAGUAAAGAAAUUUUUAUGACACCUGGGCAUCCUCAGGAUGGACAAGUUGUAUUCUACAAGAUCAGUGUGGACCGUGGUAUGAGUUGGGAGAAAGCUCUGGAAAAUUCUCGGCAACUCCAAGCUCCAAAUGAAGGCUUCUAUCUGUCUUAUAAGGUCCGAGGUGACAUGUACUCUGCGGUUUUGGCUGAGCAUAGACAUGGAAAGUCGUUUAAUCUGUAUAAACCUAACAUUGGCAAACAGAGCCAGCCAGAAACUCUAGAUAGCCUGCUCAGCAAAUACUGUAAGGUAACAGCAGAGGAGGCCCAGGAACAUUGGGAACGUCAGUAUCUAUUCUCCUUCAGCAAUUGCACCCAUACCAUGUGGAAUGGGAACUGUAAGUUGGUGCAGCAGGGUAAGGAGUGUGUACAAGGACUACGUCUUCGACAUUACUAUAUGUUGUGUGGUUCUCUGCUGCGUGUCUGGAGCCGGAUGGCAUCUGUGAUAUCUGACAUUACCAGUAGCAGUUACCUACAGAUUGUACGUUUGAAAACCAAGGAUAAACAUAAGCAAGUGGGCAUUAAGAUUCCAGAAUCGUGUGUGUAUAAAGUGCAGGAGGAGCUGAAACAGAUGGAUAUGAACGUCAAGCGCAGACAUGAGGAAUCCCGACAGAAUGCGGAACGUCUCUCCAUGGUCUCUAUGUCCUCAGCAGCCCCUCCAUUGGACCUCUCUUUACCUUUUUACCGUCCACCUCCUUUUCCAGGUUGUGAUGUUUUGGAUCUGACUUACAGCCCCCCACUUACAAGUGCACAGGAACAGCGUGGGUAUACUUUCCCUGACAGUCUAGGGAACAUUCUCUCCCCUAGUGACCCUAACCCCAGCCAGCAAUUUAAUGUUCGAGAAAUUAUAGAAGAGAUGCUCCAAAAACUAAAAGCUCCAGAUCCAACUCCUUCAGACCGUCAGAGUGUCAUCCAGUUUGGUGGAGAGCACAACAGCUUCUGGGGUACAGACUAAUGUUUGAACAUUUACCCUUGAUAUCAGACCAGCAGACUUGCCCCACAGCACUGUUCCAGCAGUCUGACACCAUCAUUAAAUGCUGUGCUCUACAGAGAGAUUAGACCGAGGAAAUCUAGAGCUUCACAGACCGAAGUAAGCCAUGCACUGUUCAUCAUAUUCAGAGGACCAAGUGUCAUGCAGAUGUUUAUCGUGGCAUGCCCAUCUUCUUACUAACACAUCCGUUACCCAGACUUACUGACUAGCUGACACAUCAGGUGCUGCACACUGCAGUCUGUCCCUGUUUUUUUGGGACCUGAAAUUUGCAGAAUGCACGCUGGGAACCCUGCACUUUGAGUUUCUGUCCUCAGUUCCUUUUCCAACCUAGGAUAGGUAUGGGAUUUCUUUCCCGGUGUAUAUAGGUUCUUCUGUGUUCAUGAGCUGACUCUUCACAGCGCUCAGCACUUUACAGUCUUCUCUGCAGAGCUGUACACACGGCUGGCUGAAAGAGCCUUGGGCAGAGCAAUUGCAUGAAUGCGCAGUGUAAUACGUAUAUGGGGAAGGGUUGGGAGAGACAGACUUGGGUUUUCAUUGUGUAUUGUUAUUUUAACCCCUGCUAAUCUUUGCACUAUUUGCUGCCUCAUGACCACCUCCCUGUGGAUAGAAGGGGCCUUGGUGUCUGCUCAGGGUACAUUUGUGUGUGUAUAUAUAUUUAUAUCCAUAUCUGUAUAUCUCAGGCUGGGUACCGUUUGCCAGACGGAGGCAGACACUGUUUUAAGUUUUAUGCCAAAGAAAUUUUACUUUUUCCUCCCACCUUUCAAUAAAUAUUUAAUAGAUUUUAUUUGUCCAUGUGGAGAAUGUAGCUUCCCCAGUUCCCUGUGUAAGUGCAUUUGUGCUUUCUGCUUGGUAGGUUACACUUAUAAUACAUAGGUUAUUCUGUGUAUUAAAUGAAUUGUAAAAAGGGACAGCUGUAUGACUCUAUAGUUUAUAGCAGUACCAAGCUGUACACAAAUGCACACUGACCUUGGGAAAAUGGAAAGACACAUGAUGCAGGCUGGUGGCAUACAAUACUACACAUAUAUUACCUCUAGAAGAACUAAUCAAAUCCAUUUACAUCAUGGCCUGCAUUCAGGACAAGCUAAUAUUACAUUAUAUUUGCAGGUAUUGUUGGAUUUAAUAGAGGAACCAAACUUGUAUUGAUAUAAUAGCGAGAAGUACUCACUGUCUGCUCUGUGCAAUUUAUGUUUUUCUCUUUGAGCCUUAUGUACCAAUAUCACAUUGUGAAUAGAUUUAUUUUAUUUAUUUUCUGUCCUUUUGGGGGUGGAGGUAGGUCUGGAAAUACAAUUCUUUAAUGUUAUGUCAUUAUAGAGCUUUGGGCUGUGGGACUGUUUAUGCUUGCUUCUAGUACAAGUCCAGUUAGUGAAUGGUUAUUAAAAUACAUUAAUAUAGGCAACAUGGGAAUGCAAGCAAUCCCUGUAUUGUACACCAAUGAAGAACUCUUGUGUACUCUGUCAGUUUAUAUCUUAGGUUGCAUUUCAGUGCUUUACGUUUCCCACUUCCCUCCAAUGGUUUGCAUUUCACAAGACAAAUGACGUCAGAAUGAUGCUUCAGCAGGUGCUGGGGCGCAGCAUGUUGUGCUGGCAUGUCUUACUGACUCACUAUGUUUUCUCGGAACGUCUGUUUGCUCAUUUUCAGCACUGCCCUGCCAUAUUGGCAGCCUACCAACCUCCCCACACACAUCGUGUUACCCCUCUGCCAGUGGGCUUCUAAUUCCAGUUAUCUCUUCCUCCCAUUGUACGCUUCAUUUAAACCAUCAACCAAAGAUUAAAGUGUGUCUUACAUAUACGGCUCCUAAUGCCUCUAUUGGCACUGUGUGUGCUCUGUCCCAACUCAGACUACAUCCCUGUCAUUGUGGCUGACACUUCAAAGCAAUACUUCUCAUGAACUCCGCUAUGGUGAAUCAUUUUAUGCAAUGUCUUUCAAUCAGUGCCUUGCUCUUCUUGUACACAAGUAGUUUGUGUACACCACUGCUGAAUGCUGCACCUCUUAUUUAAUGUGUUUUAUGUGUUUACUCAAUGCCGAACUGUUUCUCAGGUAUUUUUACCCCUUUUACUGUCAGGGAAUUCUGCAACACUUUUCUCUGGAAUUAGUGCAUGCCCCUCUGGCAGUAAAGGGGUCAAGAGGAGCUGCUGCUGCCCCCUCCAUCUCCAAGUUAUUCUUAUGUGUACCCAGUAAGAUCACUUCCCAGUGUCUGUGAUGUUUGACAGGUUCUACAAUUAAGUUAUUAUGAUGCGCGUGUGCUACUGACUCUGCAUCCUGUCGCACACGGGUCUUAAACACAUAUAUUUAUGUCUGUAAAAAAAACAAAUAUAUAUAUAGAUGUAUACAGUUUUAUUUAGAAAAAUGUGCCUUCAACCAAUUCCUACAUUUUCUAUUUGUAACUGAAGGCUGAAUUCACAGCUACUCAGUAAAGUUUUCAAUGUAAAUACAAA